GACAUAAAAGACAGGUGAGCUUUCAUCGCAACUCAAAUCGAGAUGUACGCGUGAUUAUGAUGUGCAUUUCUCUGCAAAGCCUGCAGCAGAGCUCGGGGUUAAAUCGUAACCUCAUGCUCCUCAUCACCAACUUGUAAAUAUUAUUAUCUAUCUCUCUCUCUAUAUAUAUACAUACAUCAUACAUGGGAAGAACUCAAGCCUGGUACGCUUCUCUUCCUCUAUUCAACUCUCUCUGAGUCUUCUUCCAAUCCUUUCAGCCUCCACGGCGGCUGGGAAAAGCAUCAUCACCGAUUCACCAUCACAUUCCUAUAUAUAUAUAUAUAUAUAUAUGUAUUAAAUCUCAUUAUUCAUAAUCAUCAUCAUCGACAAUAUCUUGGUGGUGUGGUGUGGUGUGGUAGAGGUUCUUUGUUGUUGUUGUUGGUGGUGGUGUUGUUGUUCUCUGAUCCUAGAAUGGCAGAGAACAAGGUGCCUUUGUUGCCAAAGAGAAAAGUCUACUUCGAUGACUGUCCGGGUUGCCGCCUCGCGCAGCGCAUAGAAUCAAAGCCUGGAAUUCCUUAUAUUGAGUUCCUUUAUGUCUGGCUCGUCACCCUUUGCACCGCUCUGCCGAUAUCGUCGCUGUUUCCCUUCUUGUAUUUCAUGAUAAGAGACCUCCACAUUGCAAAAAGAGAGGAAGAUAUUGGAUUUUAUGCAGGUUUUGUAGGUGCUUCAUUUAUGCUUGGGAGAUCUUUAACUUCUGUCCUUUGGGGGUUAGUGGCUGAUCGAUAUGGAAGAAAACCUGUAAUAGUGUUUGGCAUUAUUUCCGUGAUCAUAUUUAAUACUCUUUUUGGCUUGAGUACAAGUUACUGGAUGGCAAUCCUUACAAGAUUCCUUUUGGGAGCAUUGAAUGGUUUACUUGGUCCAAUAAAGGCCUAUGCUGCCGAAGUUUGUCGACCAGAAUAUCAAGCUAUUGGAGUAUCUCUUGUCAGCACAGCUUGGGGUAUAGGUUUGGUAGUUGGCCCUGCUAUUGGAGGUUUUUUUGCACAGCCUGCCGAAAAUUUUCCUAGUAUAUUUGCAGAAGAUUCUUUAUUUGGGAGGUUUCCCUACUUAUUGCCUUGCCUUAUUAUUUCAAUCUUUGCUGCUUGUGUGACAAUAACCUGCAUUUGGCUACCGGAGACAUUACAUAUGCAUAAGGAAAGCCAAAAUGGAUAUGGAACAGUUGAAGCUUUGGAAGCUUGUUCAAAUGGAUCUGACUCAAAAGAAAGCAAUGAAAAUCCUGAAGGAAGACAACAAGCCAGAGAGGAGAGUCUAUUAAAGAAUUGGCCAUUGAUGUCUUCAAUCAUUGUAUAUUGUGUUUUCAGCCUGUAUGACAUGGCCUUCACAGAGAUUUUGCCCCUUUGGGCUGAGAGUGAUAGGAAGUUUGGGGGCUUGAACUAUUCAUCCCAAGAUGUUGGUGUAAUCCUUGCAGUAUCAGGUUUUGGUCUUCUGGUAUAUCAACUGUCUAUUUAUCCUUUGCUUGAGAAAACGUUCGGACCAAUUGUUUUAUCCCGUAUUGGAGCGGCCUUGACAAUUCCGUUGAUAGCCAGUUUCCCCUUUUUAGCUAUGCUAUCAGGAGCUGUCCUCUUUGUGUUAAUUAAUUGUGGAUCCUUGUUGAAAAAUAUAUUUUCGGUUAGUAUCAUCACUGGACUGUUCAUUUUACAGAACAAAGCUGUGCCUCAACACCAAAGAGGGGCUGCAAGUGGCAUUGCUGUGGCCUCACAAUCUCUUUUCAAAGCAGUAGCUCCAGCUGGUGCGGGUGCUGUAUUUUCCUGGGCACAAAAGCGACAACAGGCUUCCUUCUUACCAGGUGAUCACAUGGUCUUCUUCUUUGCUAAUGUGAUUGUCUUCAUUGGAUUCCUCAUGACCUUCAGACCCUUCCUAGUUCCACCCAAUGUAGAUUACACCAUAAUUUCCUAAUGCAAAAGCUUGCAACUGAGAGCAUGAAUCUGGAGUUUAUUCAACUACUAAGCCAGCAUGCAGUAGCAAUUCUGUAUGAUUAUUGUCAUUACAUGAACAGAACAGCUCUGAACGAAUGGUGCGAAGCUGGUGGUCAUCAGUCAGAUUUAUGUUUGAUAAUUUGUUUGAUAGUAUCAUAUAAUAUUAAGUUUUGUUUGAUAAGUUGUUUCUUUUCAAAUAAUUCUUUUGAAAGCUAUUCUUGUGGGUCAUGGUGCGUGGUUCUUGGAACAUUUAUCACUGAACAUAAUCAGUAGAAAUUAUUGGCGGUAUAAAUAUAUCACUAA